AUGCUGUCACCCCACUCUGACCCCCAGGCUGAGCCAGGCUGGACAGUCAUAGAGGGUGGCUGUCCACAGGACCCCUCUGUCACCUUUUACAGUGGACAGGAGGAGAGUGAGAGAGAGCAGGAGACAGGGGAGAAGACAGAAAGAGAGGAGGAGAGAGAGAGGAGGACAGGAGGACAGGGGCAGGAGCACAGACUGCGGUUCAGCUUCGUCCUCCGGCCAGUCUAUAAUAACUCCGUCCAGUUCCUGCACUGUCGGCUCAGGCAGUGCCUGGUCUCUCAGGGGAGCCCAGCUGGGCCAGGGCCCUCAGGCACCAUUGCUGGGGGCCACAGGAAAAGGGGGAUCCCAGACAGCACCCCCAGAAGAUGCUAUGGGCAGACCCAGACGCUUGAACUGGCCCAGAAUUCCUCAGUUCCCCAGUGUCUCUCUCUGGAUGAGCUGUGCACAGGCCGUCUCCCCUCCCUGCCCUCCGUGUCCCAGUGCCCCGAGUGUGCCCAGUUCACCUGGACAGUCUCUCGCCCCAUGCUGGUCACUCAGUCUGUUGAAGUGGUCCAGGUUGCUGCUCACACUGCUGGGCAGAGGGUCCCCAAUCCCAGGAUGGCUGUGCUGUCCACUCCGAGCCCUGCAGUCUCCAGUCCGGCGAGUCUGGACACUGCAGUCGUGGCAGGAAUCUCUUUCAUAGCCUUUCUGAUCGGUGUCAGUCUCACGGGGGUGCUGUGGUGCAUCUACUUCAAAACUGGGACACCAGAGCAACGAAGGAGGAGUUCCCUAAACAAGGCGGAUCGAACCACUGUGGACUCCCGGAACCCCCCUAUCCUGGUGGAACAUCCCAGCUGUUCUCUGUAAAGUGUGGAGAGAGACCACAGAAGCACAGAAGAGGGAAGGAUAGCAGGUGUGUGUGUGUGUGACUGUGUGUGUGUGAGUGUGUGUGUGUGUGUGAGAGGAGUGUUUGAGAGCCCAGCUGUCAAAUCCUGAACCCUGGCAGAGCAAACUGUUGGUGAGAUACAGUUCUGAACGACGACAAGUUUCUGAACGACUACAUGAAUGUAAGACCCUAUAUUUUUAUUGUAGUGUAACUAUUCAGCUGCUGGUUUUUCUUGUGUUUUAAACUUUUACUAUCUGGUUUCUCAAUAAAAAGUGCUCUGUGUGUUGCGCAAAA